CGCGUUGCCAGGCUCCCCACCGAAAACCCCGACCCGAUCUAGGUCUAGCGCUGACAGUGACGGGAAGCUCCGCCGCCACCAUCUCAGUCCACAUCGCCGCCGUCUCCACACCACCAUGGCCGGCGCUGGAUCGGGUUCAUCCGCACCAGGAGAAGGAGGCUUUCACUUGAUGAGUUGCCUAAAAGAAGUUCCGACACUCAGAGGUGACAACCACACUGAGCGGAGGAAGAAAGUUGAACUGGCAUUUAUUUGUGCUGAUCCUGACUGGGUUGUGGUGAAACCACAGCCGGUCAGACCCACAGAGCCAGUAAGAGAGGCCACUGAUGAUGAUGCUGCAUGGGCUAAAAAGAAGGGGGACUAUGCUCCUUUGGAGCAGUCCUACCUCAUAGAUAAUCAAAAGUGGGUCAAUGCAAGCAAAAAGUGCAUGACUUUUAUAAAGAAUACAAUUGAGAGCGCCAUUGUGGGCUCCAUUCCAGAGUGCACUUCCGCAGGGGAGUUGCUUACAAAGAUAAAGAGCCAGUUCACUGGCUCUUCAAAGAUCUAUGCCACCCAGGUGUUAGAGCAACUGGUGACAGAACGCUACACAGGUGGUAGUCGUGGAAUAAGAGAGCACAUCCUCAGGAUGAGUAAUAUGGCAGCAAAGCUCAAGCCCAUGGAUGCAGAUCUGGAGAUCAAACCAGCGCUCCUGGUCCACCUGGUCAUGGCUUCACUGCCACAGGAGUUUGCAACUUUUGUUGUAAACUAUAAUAUGUCACCUGGAACAUGGGACAUUAAAAAGACAAUAGCAAUGUGUGUCCAAGAAGAGGACAGACUCAAAGCCGCACAUGGUGGUUCAAUCAACUAUGUGAAGGAUUGGAAGAAAAAGAAUUACAAUCAAAACAACAAAAGUUCUCCUUCAAAGAAUGGAAAAGCCCCCUAUCAGCAUCAGCAUCAGCAACAGCCUUUCUCAGUGGACAAAGACACGUGUCUCCACUGCAAGCAGAAAAGGCAUUACAAGAAAGACUGCGCUGCUUGGCUGAAGUCAGUCAUGGCAAAAAGAGGGAUUCCAUUUGACGCGAACUACGCUAAGAAGCGAAAGACGCAUUGAAGUGGCAAACGGAGUUGAAGCAGAAGUUGAAGCUGUCGGUGACAUCUCCUUGGAGUUAGCUGGCGGAUUCAAUCUUCUACUUAGAGAUGUUUUAUUUGUUCCAUCAUGUCAUAGAAACUUAAUUAGUGUUUCUUGUUUGGACAAAGAUAAUUAUGA